UUCUUUGUAUCCCCACUUGCUCCCUAAUUUGACAGCUGAUGAUUCAGUUUAGUUUUCCGCCUUGGUUCAGUUUGUGGUUUUCUAGUUCGUAGCGAAUCCAAGAGAUAAUUCAAAAAAGAUUCCCAUCAAUUCCUAUCAACAAGAAGAAUCGUAUACUCGCUUUCACCAGCUGGAAAAAGGGCAUACAACCUGAUAUACAUACAUAUGAUUGCUGUGUGUGCAGCCGUGCGAAACUAUAGCUUUUGGUGGACUCAAUAUAAGCAGAAUUCUUCACUUCGAUUUACUACGUUCGUGGGCAGUUAAGUACUAAUCUCGCGGGUAUACAGACAUACGUAUUUAUAUAGAAAAAGUUUGUGAAACUUUCCACAACAGACCAAAGUUGGUAUAUUUUUUGUGGGCGUUUGUGUGAGUGAAUAACACAAAUUGUCGCGUUUAACUGCCCACGUAUCCACCGCCGCUGGCACAAUUGAGAUGAUCCAGCAACCAGAGGAAAGACGCAAUGGCGGCGGUGAUGUUCCCAACGAUGAGAUGGCACCGAUUGCCUCGCAUCGCAGUGGUGGGGCUUCCUCAAUGUUCCGUUCGUUUGGCUCAUUGUUUGGAGCGAAUAGCAAUCACAUAGGCAGCGGCGGCGGCGGCGGCGGCGGCGGCAUACAUUCGCCCUCAAAUGCAGGCGACCAUGGUUACGUUGAGUUCGGUAUGCAGGAUCCGGAUAGAAGCGGUCGUACUCUAGGGACUUUUGCUGGCGUAUUCAGCCCAGUAGCGUUGUCAAUGUUCAGCGCUUUAGUCUUUAUACGUGUGGGUUUUAUUGUCGGCAACGCUGGUCUUUAUGUGACGCUUCUUCAAUUCCUUAUCGCCUAUUUAAUACUCCUGUUUACCGUUGCGUCUGUAUGCGCAAUCUCUACCAAUGGUGCCGUGGAAGGUGGUGGCGUUUAUUUCAUGAUAAGCCGUACGCUAGGCCUAGAAUUUGGCGGUUCGAUUGGUACACUUUUCUUUCUGGCUAAUGUCGUCGGUUGUGCUAUGGCUAUAUCUGGUUGUACGGAGGGUGUAAUGGAGAACUUUGGCCCUGGUGGCUAUUUCACAGAAGGUGGUGAUUCACUACCCGAUGGCACUUGGUGGCGCUUCCUCUUUUCAACGCUAAUAAAUACAGCCAUGUUAGUGGUGUGUUUGAUUGGUGCCGCACUCUUUGCUAAGACAUCGGUAUUAAUUUUGGGUAUUGUCACAGUAUGCUUGAUGGCCACGUAUAUAAGCUUCUUGGCCGAAGGUCCGAAAGAGAUUGACGUUCCGAAAGAAAACACCAUCUUCAACGAAACCAAACUCAAUUACACCGGUUUAAAUGCACACACCUUAAUGGAUAAUCUUUAUCCGCACUAUGCUAAAGAUUACACUUCGAAUGGUAAAAUGGUUGAUUUCGCCACCACAUUCGGUGUUUUAUUUGCUGGCGUGACUGGCAUUAUGGCUGGUGCAAAUAUGUCGGGCGAACUGAAAAGCCCUUCCAGAAGUAUUCCAACCGGCACAUUAUCGGCUGUGAGCUUCACAUUCGUCUCCUAUAUUUUACUUUCAUUUCUGAUGGCUUUAACCACACCAGCAGUUAUAAUGCAAAAUAACUAUCUCUUCCUUAUGCCGGUUAAUUUUUGGCCACCAUUCACAGCGAUUGGCAUACUAACCGCCACUUUUUCAACUGGACUCAGCAAUCUUAUUGGCUCUAGUCGUAUUUUGGAAGCUCUAUCAAAGGAUCAAGUGUUUGGCUCUCUUUUGAAAUUCGUAUUACGCGGCACAUGGAAGGGCAAUCCCGUUGCAGCGGUGUUCACUAGUUGGAUACUCGUCGAAUGUAUACUCUUAAUUGGUUCUUUGAAUGCAAUUGCGCAGGUUAAUUCAGUAUUGUUUAUGCUUUCUUAUUUGGCUACAAAUUUGGCUUGUCUGGGCAUCGAAUUGACUGGUGCGCCGAAUUUCCGUCCACUCUUUAAGUAUUUCACUUGGCACACCUGCCUAAUCGGUUUGCUAGGUACACUCAUCAUGAUGUUUGUGAUAAAUCCGAUUUAUGCAUCAUCCAGUAUUAUAUUAUGUUUAAUUUUGGUUAUCGCGUUGCAUCUGUUCUCACCAGCUUCGCAGGGUACCCAAUGGGGUUCGAUCUCACAAGCGUUGAUGUUCCAUCAGGUACGUAAGUACUUGUUGAUGUUGGAUUCACGCAAGGAUCAUGUAAAAUUCUGGCGUCCACAAAUGCUAUUGUUAGUAUCAUCGCCGCGUUCCUGCUGUCCACUUGUAGAUUUUGUCAAUGAUAUGAAAAAAGGUGGGCUGUAUGUGAUUGGCCACGUGAAGGUGGGUGACUACACGGCCUUCGUAGACCCCACCAUUGAGGAAAACAAAUAUUGGCUAUCAUUCUUGGAUCAUAUGCGAGUGAAGGCGUUUGCUGAAGUGACACUGGCCCAGUCUAUACGCGAAGGUGUGCAACAUUUGAUACGUCUAUCCGGUAUUGGUGCAAUGAAACCGAACACCAUAAUUUUGGGAUUCUACGAUAGUGAAGCACCAAAGGAUUUCUUUGAGGCCGGCACUUCACCUUAUAAAACCGAUGGCUUUAAUCACGGCGAAAUUCAAAACUUUCCCAUACGUCGUGAUGGCGAAGAAAAACAAAUUGAUGUCACUGAAUAUGUGGCUAUUAUGUGCGAUGUGCUCCGCAUGAAGAAAAAUUUGUGUCUGUGUCGACACUUUCAUCGCCUGGAUAAGAAUUUCAUUGCAAAAAGCAAACAUUUGAGAUAUAUAGACGUUUGGCCAAUCAACGUUUUCAAUCCCAAUCCAAAUAAUCCUUUCGAUGUAGUCUCUCUAUUUAUGAUGCAAUUGGCAGUAAUAAUCAACAUGCUUGCUAAAUGGAAGCACUUGCGUUUACGCGUUUUUCUGUGCGAAUCAAACAAUACAAAUACUGAAUUAAGUUCUUUCGAUACACAAAUGCCACAGCUGGAUAUUUUCGCUAGAAUGAGACUGGAGCAAUCUUUGAAGAAUUUACGUAUUGAAGCGGAUAUCAUAGAGAUUCAAGAAUGGAACCGUGAUUCUGAAUUCACAAGCCAUUCUCGCAUACUCAAACAAUUUACAAGCCAAGCUGAGGAUGUCAACGAAUUAAUUACGGAGGAAAAUCUCAAUCGCUCGCUGCUUUAUAUGCAAAGAGUCAACCAAAUAAUACGUGAACGCUCCGACCAGACGGCUGUUUCCUUUAUAUAUUUGGCUGCACCACCUCUAAUCGACACACCGGAUUUCACAGAGCGCAGUGCACGUUACAUAGAGCUACUAACCGAGUUGACUGCUGAUUUGCCACCCACUAUUCUGGUACAUGGCAUAAGCACAGUUACUUCGACAACGCUGUAAAUUCCAGAGAUUCCAUUAAACUGUAAACUGUUUUAUAUCGAUCCUUAAUGUAUGGUUCAAGUAAGUCUAUUGCGUAUGUGAGACACUACCGAAAAAAAAAGAAAAAAAACUUCCUAUAUAUAGUAUGUAUUAAAUGCUGAAUAUACUACUUACAUAAUUAUUUAAGUUUUGUUGUUUAACUUUAUUUGCAUGUUUUCGUUAAACGUAUUUGAAUUCAGCAUAAGUAUGCAGUUCAAAAAAAAAAAAAAGUUUGCGAAAGUAGUUGAUCAUCGCUUCUUACCUUUCUUAGCUUAAACUGGUUUUAUUAAAAGAGGAAGUCUUUAUUUUAAAAUUAAGGAGAAAUUCGUAAUAAAUAGUUAAAUGAAUGAAUAAAAUGUAGCAUAGGCUUACAUUUACAAAAUUAUUUUUAUGUGCAUUCAACUUUUUUUGGUCUAAAAUAUCUGUACUAGGGUGGUGCUUAGAUUAUCAACUAAAUUUGGCACACCUUUAUUUUGUUCUACGUGCGAAAUAAAGACAUUCACAAAAAAAAUUUCAAAUUUUUAAAAUAAAUAUUUUUUUUUUAAUAGCAAAAAUUUUACAAAAUGUUGCAUUUAACCAGCUAUAACCCAGCGAGUUUAUGAAUUUUUAUGAAUAAGCUUCAAUAAUAUGUCUUACUAAUUAGAUUUCAAUUCAAAAUUUUGUCGAAAUUUCGCGAUAAAAAAAAAUAUUAGUUACUUCAAAAUUUGUUUAACAUUUUGAAAUUUUCGCGAAAGUCUUUAUUUUGUACGUGACUAGAACAAAAUUAAAGGGUGCCCCACACAAAAUUUAAAAGUUGAUAUCUUAACCCUUUCAGUGCAAAAAAUUAACUGUUGAAAAUAAAAAUCUGAAAAUUUGUAUACCGGCUAAUUUUGGGUCGUUGAUUUUAAAAAUACACUCAAAACUUGUAUAAAGCUUUUAGUUUUAACGUUAUUCAGCGUCCAUUAUAUUGGAAAGUGCUUUUAAAAACUGUUAGUUUUACCCUUAUUCAGUGUCCAUUAUUUGGGACAGAGAUAUCCUAGGUUUGUAAAAUCUCACUUAUUUUUAUUUUUUCUUUCGCGAAAUAUAUUCCAAAAGUAAUGCAUUUUUUUCGAUUCUCACUUCCAUCAAAAACUUUUGACAAUAUAUUACCGUUUCCUAUCGACUUUUCUGAAAUACUUUUUUUUUGUGAAGAAUAACGGUCAUUGCAUUUAGGAAAUACAAUUAAAUAAGCGUGGUAAAAAAUUAUGAUAUAGAUAAUUUUCUCAAAACAACUUUUCUUUUAACAACAAGAGCUCUUAUUUACGAAAAAAAAGCUUUAAGCACAAAAAGGUUUGUCCAAUAUAUUGGACGCUUGUACUGAAAACUUUAAGGACCACCCUAAUCUACACGACCUUAUUCAGAGCGGUCCUUUAGAGAGUUUAGAGCCAGCGUUAGUGAAACGAGAAAUGUAUUUAUAAUCUUUAAGGAACUCCCAUAUUUCUUCGAAUGAAAUUAAUUUUUAUUUAAAUUGUAUUAUAAUUACAAUAAUAUGCAAUCUUGAAUAUAUUUUCUGAAUCAAACUACAUACAAUGUAAAAAAAUUUUGAUAUAAAAUGGUAAAAAUCAUGUUUUUUUAUUUCAUUAGAAAAAUUACGCAUCUGAGAUCGUGAAAAACUACAUAUCAUAGUAGCUACUUGUUCGGGAACACAGCAAUGCAAAGUCACAGUUACAUUACCAUGAAAUAUGUUGUAUGCAGCUGUAAAGUAAAAGAGCCUGAAGCUUUGCAUUGAUGCAUUUCCGUGCAAGGGUUGUUUGAAAACGACUUGCAUAUGCGUACGUACCAUUUAUUGAAUACAAACAUACUUACAAUUUAGGGGCGUCCUUAUUUUUCAUUUUCGCAUUUACAAUUUUCUAAUUCCAAGUUAUUCUGAAAAAAAAAAUUGUUGCGGCACUUAAAAAAAGCUAAAAUAAAAAAAAAAAAAAUAUGAAAUAUAAAGAAGACCCUAAUACCUUUUAUGUGAGGUAACUUUUAAAAAUCUCUAAAACUUUUUAUGCAUAUUUUAACAUGACACCUAAUUUAUUAGGGCAAUUCAUCUAAAUGCGUAAUGCUUCGUAACCACGCAAACCACGUAAACUUGUUUAAUUUUGUACUGACAACCGGUUUAUUUACGAGUUUUACGCGUUUACAAGACAUUUAGAGGCGUUUAGAUGAAUACCAAUAUUAUUUGCAUUUCGGCACACAUUUCUCAAAUACAUACAUAUGUAAUACAUAUUAGGAUAGGCCUUAAAACAUCAACAUCCAAAUUUUGUAUGGGGCAUUUUGUUUUACGUGCAAACACGUGUACAAUAAAGACAUACACGGAAAUUUCAAAAUUAUAAAAAAAUUUCUGGGGUGGCCAUCAGGGUUUUAAAAAAAUUAAAUUUAAAAAAAUUCGACUCAACUUUGAUUUGAAAUUUAUUCAUAAUAAGUAUGAGUUUAUAAGCUCGCUGUGCAUUGUCGAAUUUUCGCGAUCUAAAAGAACAAUAUCUAUUUUUUCAAACCGUGGUAGGGACCCAACUUACAAUGUUGUUUGUUUUUGAAAAUUUUGAAAUUUUCUUGGAUAUAUUUAUAUUGUACGUAGAACAAAAUAAGUUGAUGAAGUUGAUUUUUUAAGGACCAUCCUAAUACAUGCUUAUGUCAUCCAAUACGAGUAUAAUACAUAUGAAUAACGUGAAGCACAUUGAGCUAAAAGUCUAACUAAAUUUAUGUGUGUAACUAAAUUUAAUUAAAUGUGAUUUUUAAGUGAACAAGUGGAGAGCUGCUAAAGGCUAUAACCAUAUUCUAGUUUUAUUGUAACAAAAAAAAAAAU